CCUGCAUAAUAUUACUUAAACUCUCUGCCUUCAUAAAUCUCCUUGUCACGACUAAAUUUCGUUAUUACAUCUACUUGAAAUUUAAAGUUGGUCCAGCCAAAUUUUUGUCUAUUUAGUCUAUUCGUAUUACAGCUCCUUUAGCUGCAAAUUUUCAUGAUUAAUUUGAUAGCACGGGUGUUCGGUCUGAUGGUCCCUCUGAAUGAACAGCAAUUCCGUAUCAGGUUAGGAAUUGAUAAAGUCAAUUCAAUGGAUUGAUCAUUAUCUUCCAAAGAUUCUUAGUAGACCCACAAUCCCAUGCAUGUGAAAAAUUUCGUAUGCUGCAUUUUCGUACUUAAUAUAUUGUAAGCGACAAGAAGUAAGCAGAUCAAGUAGAAUUUAAAAAAUAUUAAACACAUUCAACCAUGUCAGAAAAGGAGAUGAAUAAACGGUUUGAUACAGCGGAUUAUGCUGUUUGUGUAGCUAUGCUAAGUGUUUCUGCAGGAAUAGGUGUUUUCUAUGCAAUUACUGGCUCUAAACACAAUACAACCAAAGAAUUCCUAUUCGGUGGGAAAAACAUGAAAAUCAUACCUGUGGCAUUGUCUGUGCUGGCUACAUUCGUUUCUGCCAUUACGUUACUUGGAGUUCCAGCUGAAUCGUAUCAAUUUGGCAUCCAGUACUGGCUAAUCAACAUUUCAUACUGCUUCAUGAUUCCUGUCGCAGCUCAUAUUUAUACUCCAUUGUUUUUUAAGCUUCAAGUGUCAUCCGUGAACGAGUACUUAGAAAAAAGAUUCAACAGAUUCGUGAGAACAGUUUGUUUCGUCAUUUCUACCAUUUCCCAGCUGCUUUACGUUGCUUUCGUUAUCUAUGCUCCAUCUCUUGUACUUUCUCAAGUUACAGGUCUUCAUCUAUGGGUCUGCAUUCUGUCUAUAGGACUUGUGUGCACUUUCUACACAACAAUAGGUGGCAUUAAAGCUGUAAUUUGGACUGAUGUUUUCCAAAUCAUCAUCAUAUUUGGGGCUUUAAUAACAGUCAUAAUCAAAGGUACGAUGGACGCUGGUGGCAUAGGAGAAGUAUGGAGUAAGGCACAGAACAGUCAGAGGACUGAGUUGUUUAACUUUAAUCCAGACCCUACAGUCAGACAUACAUUUUGGUCACUUACUAUUGGAGGAUUCUUUACAUGGUUAAGUAUUUAUGCUGUAAAUCAAGCCAUGGUUCAGCGAUCUCUAACAAUACCAACACUAAAGAAAGCAAGAGUGGUAAUAUGGUUGAAUCUACCAGGAAAUAUAAUAACAGUUACUCUGACUAUUUUAGUAGGUCUUAUUAUUUAUGCAAAUUACUCAACAUGUGAUCCAAUUAGAACAAAACAAGUUAGCACACCGAAUCAGAUUUUUCCCCUUUUUGUAAUGGAAUAUCUUGGAUUUUUACCAGGACUUCCAGGAUUAUUUGUCUCAGGAAUUUUCAGCGGUGCUUUAAGCACACUGUCCUCUUCAUUAAAUUCUCUGUCUGCAAAUACACUUGAAGAUUUAGUUCGAAGCUAUAUAUCCCCAAAUAUGAAUGAAUUAUGGGCUACCAGAACAGCCAAACUUCUUGCUCUCAUAUAUGGAGUAAUCGCAAUUGUACUCGUGGUCCUUGUUCAGAACAUGACUGGAACGGUAUUACAGGCAGCUUUAAGUAUUUCUGGUGCUUUAGGCGGUCCCAUUUUAGGCGUAUAUACACUUGGAAUGUUUUUUCCUUGGCCAUCUGCUUUUGCCGCCAUCUCUGGACUAAUCAGUGGUCUUGGAGUUUGUAUAUGGAUUUGUGUUGGAUCAAUUUUAUAUAAGAGGGCCCCUGAAACAUUUCCGCUUUCUGUAGACUCUUGCCAAGAACUUUACUUUAAUGUAACUCAAUCAUUUGCCAAUGCAACAUCUGCACCUUCAGUUAUUUUUGACAGUGACUAUGUACUCCCUCUCUACCGACUUUCAUACCUGUGGUACAGCGGCAUCGGUUUUAUUGUAGUUAUUGUUGUUGGUAUUUUGAUAUCUCUGUUUGUCGGAAAUGACAAGCAUACCAUAGAAAAGAAAUUAAUGACUCCAUUCUUCUAUAAUUUGUGGAAAUGUAGCACAAAAGAAGUUGUGGCAGAAAGAGAUGUGCGCUUAUCAUCUUUGCCAUUAGUUGAAGUAGCAUCGAUGAGAAGAAAAAGUGCCACUGAUAUAUUUAACAAGAAACCAAAUGAUGAGCUGUUUUCCACUGUAUCUCUACAAGGUGUAUAUAGACAAAAUAGUGAAAAUCCUUAAUAUAUUGCAUAUUUAUUGCUAAAUUUUCUUUAAAAGCAUUUACUCACAUUUCAAGACUGCACUUGAAAAAAUAUAUUUCACAUAUAUAUAUGAUAUAUAUAUAACCGAACUAUGCACAAAUGAUUAAAAUUAUAUUUUAUUUUUAUUGCAUGUUUAACUGUUUGUAGAUUGAAUUCAUUCUUUGUUAUUCAUUUGGACUGUUAUAUGUUGUUUCAAACUCUUAAAAUUUUGAGCAAAGGUAAAAAAUAGGCAUCUACAAAUAAUGUCACUAAAUGAAGUCGUAAUGUCUGCAAUUAAACGAAUCAUAUAAACCGUCUACUGAUUGAUUAUUUACAUUCUCCCUGAAUAUUAAUAUUUUAUAAAAUAUAAAAUUUUAUGAUUCGUUUAAAAAACUAGUCACAUUUUAUUAAUAUUUUAACUCUUCAUUAUUUUGGCUCGAUUUUUAUAUUAAAACUGUUUAAAUAAUGUAUAAUGUCAUACAAUGAAGAACAAAUAAUAUCACUUAUAUUUGUCUCUAAGAUAUUCAUAUU